AGUCAGGCCUACUUCAACAUAACUAUAUAAACUCCAAAGUUCCAUCAUCCCUGCAGUAUAAACCUGCGUUAUCUCUUAUGCUGUUUUUCUUGUUUGAAUUCCUAUUCCCUCCUUUUUGAUUCUUUCAUGGUCAUGUCAAAUUCGAGUGGCUGUUGUUCUUGCUCUCCAUUUAGCACGUGGAAAAAGGUACCCUGAGUACAGAUAUUGCUAGUGUUUUUGAUCCGAGUGUCUGUUAUUUUGCAUACAAAUUGAUUAUUAACGUUGAAUCUGUAAUGGGUAUGAUUCAAAUAUGUCCGUUGGUGCUGUUCUUAUCAGUACUUGGCGUUCUUACUUUUACUCAUGGAGAUACAUCAAUGGAUUCAUCCUGUCUUCAGAGAAUUAAAUCACAGUUGGUUGAUCCUGAAGGAGUUCUCAGGAAUUGGUCUUCGGGUAUUGAUAUCUGCAGCUGGAAUGGACUGACAUGUUCAGAGGACUUGACUCAUGUUGUGGGUCUGAAUUUAUCUGGAUCAGGACUAUCUGGUAUUAUCUCACCUGAAUUCUCAUGCCUCGUUUCUCUUCAAAUACUUGAUUUGUCCUCCAAUUAUCUCACUGGUCCAAUUCCUCCGGAACUUGGAAAGCUUCAAAAUUUGAAGGAAUUGUAUCUGUAUUCAAACUUUCUCUCUGGUAAGAUUUCUGCAGAACUCGGCCUUCUGAAGAAAUUGCAAGUUCUUAGAGUAGGAAACAACAUGUUAACAGGUGAAAUUACACCACAUCUUGGUAAUUUGACUGAUUUGAGGGUGUUGGGUCUUGCCUUUUCCCUAUUAAACGGAAGCAUUCCUGUAGAAAUUGGUAAUUUGAAGAGUUUGAAAAUUCUGAAUUUGCAGCAGAACAGUUUCAGCGGCCUUAUACCAGGAGAGAUCAGUAGCUGCCUAGAGCUUCAAGUCUUCUCAGCGGCUGGCAACAUGCUCGAAGGAGAAAUUCCAGCUUCGAUUGGAAAGCUCGAGUCACUGGAAAUUCUACAUUUGGCAAACAACACCCUCUCUGGAUCCAUUCCCAUUGAGUUAGGUAGCCUUUCUAACCUGAAGUACUUAAAUUUGCUUGGGAAUGGAUUGAAUGGUAAAAUUCCUGUAGAACUAAAUCAGUUAAGUAUGCUGGAGACCCUAGACUUAUCAAACAACAAGCUCUCUGGAAAAAUCAACAUCCUGAAUAGUCGGCUAAGGAAUCUGGAGUCACUAGUUUUAUCAGAUAAUUUCUUGACUGGAGGGAUCCCUAGUGACCUUUGUGUCAGCAAUUCGAAUCUGCAAAAAGUUUUUCUCAGUCUAAAUAAUCUCUCUGGUACGUUCCCAUCGGAGCUGCUCAAUUGUUCUUCACUUCAACAACUGGAUCUUUCAAACAAUGGCUUCUAUGGACAGCUACCAUCUGGUCUAGACAAUCUACGGAAUCUCACUGAUCUUGUACUCAAUAAUAACAGCUUUUCUGGAAAACUACCCUCCGAGAUAGGAAAUAUGAGUAGUCUGAAAGGUCUCUAUCUGUUCCACAACAGUCUCACAGGUAGAAUUCCGGUUGAAAUUGGAAAAUUACAGAGACUGACUGUUCUGUAUCUUUAUGAAAACCAGCUGUCAGGAAGUAUACCAAGGGAGCUAACAAACUGCUCAAGUUUAAUGGAGAUUGAUCUUUUCGGAAACCAUUUCACAGGUUCGAUACCAGCAACCAUUGGAAAGCUUAAGCAUCUGGUUUUCCUUCAACUGAGGCAGAACGAUUUGUCAGGUCCAAUCCCUCCAUGUUUGGGAUAUUGCAAGAAGCUUCAGAAAUUGGCCUUGGCUGAUAACAGGCUCUCAGGAUCACUGCCACCAACUUUCAGAUUCCUUACAGAGCUGAGCGUCGUUACUCUCUAUAACAACUCCUUUGAAGGUCCCCUCCCUGAAUCUCUCUUCCUCCUGAAAAAUCUCAGUAUUAUUAAUUUUUCUCACAACAGGUUCAGUGGGAGCAUCUUUCCUCUCUCUGGAUCAUCCACUCUGAUCGUUCUGGAUUUAACUAACAACAGCUUCUCCGGCGGUAUCCCUACUAGACUCGCUGAGUCGAAAAACCUGACUCGUCUCCGUCUCGGCCACAACCAUCUGACUGGCACCAUCCCUUCUGAAUUCGGCCAGCUUAUAGAGCUCAACUUUCUGGAUUUAUCUUUCAACAACCUCACAGGCGAAGUGAUACAAGAGUUAUCAAACUGCAACCAAUUGGAGCAUCUCCUCCUCAAUGACAAUCGACUGACAGGCACAGUCCCUUCGUGGUUAGGUAGAUUUCAGGGUCUGGGAGAGCUAGACUUGUCAUCUAAUGACUUCCAUGGAACUGUACCUGCAGAGCUUGGAAGCUGUUCGAAACUACUGAAACUCUCUCUCCAUAGCAACAAUCUCUCAGGUUGGAUCCCACCAGAGAUUGGAAAUCUCACCUGUCUAAAUGUUCUCGACUUGCAAAGGAAUAAUCUUACUGGCCCCAUUCCUUCCACAGUUCAGCAGUGUAAGAAGCUCUAUGAAUUGAGACUAUCCGAGAAUUUCUUGACGGGUAUGAUACCAUCAGAGCUUGGGAAGCUGACUGAGCUACAAGUGAUACUAGACCUCAGUAGAAAUCAGUUAUCUGGGGAGAUCCCAUCAUCUCUUGGAAAGCUCAUGAAGUUAGAGAGACUCAAUCUCUCUUUCAAUCAACUCCAAGGAGAAGUACCUCCGUCACUAGGAAGACUGACCAGCCUCCAAAUGCUAAACCUGUCAAAUAAUCUUCUCCAAGGUCAGGUUCCUUCAACUUUCUCAGGAUUCCCUCUCAGCUCCUUCGUAGGAAAUAAAGACCUCUGCGGUGCUCCACUAGUUUCCUGUUCAGAAUCAGUGGGUUCGGAAAGAAAAUGGUUAUCAGAUAAUGAAGUUGCAGCAAUUAUAGUUGCCAUUGUAUUCACUUCAACAGUAAUAUGCUUGGUGCUGAUUUAUAUGAUGCUAAGGAUCUGGUUUGACUGGAGGAAAGUCUCGGUUUCAAGCUCAGAUAGUGGUGGGCUUGAAAGUAACAGAGAAGAGAUGCAGUGGUUCUAUGGGGAGGAUAAUGAGAAGAAGAACGGAGAUUACUGGAGAGUGAAUUCCUUAACCUCAGUUCAACCCCAAGAGAAGUAAAGCUCCGCCGCACCAGGCGUUUUCCACCUUAAAUUAGACAUGGGUGUCAUGGAUGAUACAGUGAAGUAGGACAUUUAAUUUCUUCUUGAUUCAUAAUUUCUUUGUUUCUUCUGGUCUUCUUCUUAUUUGUUUUGAGUUCCCAAGAUGAUUGUAGCUCAUAUAAUCUGAAAACUGUCAAAAAGAAAAAAAGAAAAUAUCGAUUUGGAAUGGAAAAGGAAAACCAGUUUGUAUCUGUA